CAGAGGAUAUCCAAACCAACCACUAAUAUGGAGUGUCUGAUACAAGCAGGUACAAAUUCAGCAAACAACAAGAAAAUUGCUCUCCUCAACAUUUUUUUCAUCAUCCUUGCAACAAAAUUUGAAAACAGUGUUCAGCUAACAUCGAGUGAUUGUGGAUUAGAAUACAGACGCCCAGAAUACACUGAUAUCUCUGUGGAAUGUGGAACGGAAUACAUCGGGCUGACCAUUAAAUUCUGUCCUGUCUUAUACUCUGGCUACAAUGAAUCACUGCUCACCCUCAACAACAUCAUAAAUAACCCAACCUGCCAGGCAACUCUUGACGUGACUGCCUCACUCCCUGUGGCCAGAUUUAGGUUCCCACUCAACAUGAACAAUGCCUGUGGCAGCAACUUCGUAACAAUCAGAAGUAUAGGAACAGGCACAUUCUCAGACUUCUCCAACAUCGAGACAGUCAACAUUAGUGGAGUUGUCCAAUCCAAUGACAUCACAACAGGCACAGUGACAUACAGUGCUGAGCUGAAGUACUUCUACUCAUGUGCCUAUCCUCUGGAGUACCUGCUCAACAACACCCAGAUUGAUGUGUCAGGCUCUUCGAUUGCAGUGAAAGACAACAAUGGCAGUUUCAUCAGCACUUUCAAUCUCCAACUCUUCAACGACAUAAAUUACACUCAGCCUCUCAUCAUGCCUUUCCUCGGGAUAGAGCUGAGGACAAAUGUGUUUGUGCAGGUGGAGGCCACCAACUUAACUGCCCAAUACUAUGUACUACUAGACAGAUGCUAUGCUUCCAUUUCCCAUACACCUACUACAACCAGCUACUUCAACCUCUAUGUGCCAUGUACCAGAGUUCGUCUCACUAAAAUGCUGGUGAACGGAGAGAUGCAGCAUGCCCGGUUCUCGUUUCCAGCUUUCCGUUUUACAGAGCAGCAGAACGAGACAGUGUCAACAUAUUAUCUGCACUGUAUCACUAGACUGUGUGAAAAAACAUCCUGCAGCAUCUUUACGCAAUGUGAAAAAAGGAGAAGAAGAGAUGUGGUUCCCUUGACCACUCCAGCUCCCAAUGGUGUCACAGACACCACCACCAUCACGUCACCGGCUAUAAUCAUACGCGCAGACAGCAUGGUGGCAUCAAAAGAAGGAGAUGUGUCGAUCAGCAUGAGUAAACCUACUGAUAAUUUUGUGGGUCUUGGCGUGGCAGUGAGCAUCCUGGUAUUCGCAUGCAUCAUGAUUGUGGGAAUGGGAACAGUUUUCUACAAGAAAUACUGGCACACCAGCACAUCAAAAAGGGCAUAAAGUGCCCGGCGACCUCAGUCUACCUUGCUCCUGCAUUGAGAGAGAUGACAGUUGUUGGUCUGCCCCAUCCCGGGCCAAUUUCUCACCACCAGAGGGCUGAGCAAGUCUCAGCUCAGAACUGUUGUUGUACCAUAUCUAUUCUCUAUAAUGCUUUUUGGUGAAUCAUCAUAGCAAACAGAAGACUAUAAGGUUUAUAAAUGUGGUUUAGAAGAGCAACAAUGCAUUUCAUCAAAGUGUUUCAUUUAGAUUCAUUGGUGGAGUUUGAUGUGAACAGCGAGUAACAUUUAUAGUACACACACACACACACACACACACACACACACACACACACACACACACACACACACACACACACACACACACACACACACACACACACACACACACACACACACACACACACACACACACACACACACACACAUAUGUUGUGUUUCCAUGUUUUAUGGGGACUUUCCAUAGACAUAAUGGUUUUUAUACUGUACAAACUUUAUAUUCUAUCCCCUAAACCUAACCCUACCCCUAAACCUAACCCUCACAGAAAACUUUCUGCAUUUUUACAUUUUCAAAAAACAUAAUUUAGUAUGAUUUAUAAGCUGUUUUCCUCAUGGGGACCGACAAAAUGUCCCCACAAGGUCAAAAAUUUCGGGUUUUACUAUCCUUAUGGGGACAUUUGGUCCCCACAAAGUGAUAAAUACACGCUCUCACACACACACACACACACACACACACACACAC